CUUGGUUCCGAUUGCAUCUCUGCUCAGAACCACUCUGCUCUCCCCGAGUCUACCUGUGCAUCCUGACCGCUGCUGCAUCUCCUACUCUGAACGAUGGCCGCAACGCACGAGAAUGAUGUCGGCCUCGCCGAGGCCGACGACGACGACGGCAUGCCCCCCCUUGUAGACAAUCCUAUCUCAGCCAUGACAUUCACGUUCGCGACGGACAUGACUCCUAUCACGUUCAGCAGCGACCCGACGACCUACGAGCUGCCCUCCGAGGGUGGAGACGUCCCCGAGAUGUCGAUUUACUCGCCCCCGGCUUCGCCUGCUCUCGGGCCUAUGCGCAUGUCCCACGCGAAGAAACGCGACCCGUCUUAUAUUCCUCGCCCUCCGAAUGCCUUCAUCCUGUUCAGGAGCUCCUUCAUCCGCGCUGAACACAUCCCAGGCAAGAUUGAGGGAAAUCAUAGUGCGCUCUCGAAGAUCAUUGGUAAAUACUGGAAGGCACUCCCCCGCGAGGAGAGGGAGGUCUGGGAGGCGAAGGCCAUAGUGGCACAGGCUGAGCAUCGCAAGAAGUACCCGGACUGGCGGUUCAGGCCUAGCGCGAACGCACUGGCCAAGGUGAAGGAUGGACCGAAGAGACGCGUCAGAAAGGGCCGUGGCGAGGCGGAGAAGGAGGUCCGAAGUCGAGAGAAGAGGUGCGCCAAAAUCGCUGAUCUAUUGGUCGCUGGGAAGACCGGGCCUGCGCUCGAGGCCGCGGUGAAGGAGUACGAUUGUACCGCGGAUGGCCAUACUACAGCGAAGAAAGUGAAGAGAGAAGUCGCCGCCGCCGCUGCGCCGAAGGAGGAGGCGAAGGACGGUGGUCUGCCUGGCGGCGAUACUGCGCAGGUGGCUGGACCGCUGCAGCUCGACGCUGCUCCCGACGAUCGCCCUGGCCGUAUGCCAGGCACUGCAAUGCGCUCCAUGACUCCGGACGCUGCUUACGACGCGAGGUUCAAGGUUCCGCUGACCUCCAUGUUUAAGCGAUCGUCAUCCGCUCCGGCCUCGCACUUCCGCAACAAUAGCGGUCAGACCGACGAGCUGGGGCGCGCUGUCACUGCUAAUGGACAUACGAUGCCCACGACACCACCUAUGGUGUACGCGUCGCCGACCCCGAGCGACAUUGCCUCGCCUGCCCUCGAACACGAGGAGGCGACACGUGUAGGACCUGUCAUGUACUUGUCGAAUGACGGCAUGCACAAGACGGUCCCGGAUGGCACGGCCGCCACGCAGCAGUCUGUGCCGAACUUCUACGGUGCCGGAGAGUUCAUUCCUUUCGGUGACAGUCCACAGUGGCAUGCGGCGUCCGCUCCGAGCCCCAGUGUGACCGAGUGCUGGAGCCCCCCUCUGCCCUCCUUCACGCCGGACAUCGAAGGCUCCAUGAGUCCUCUUCAGCCGCCCAGCCCCGUCGCGUUCAAUAUAUCUAGUCCGCGGGUAGGGAGCAACGCGUUCGACCUCCCGAUGUUCUCGAAGUUCGAUGGAGACCCGCACGCGUCUUUCCACUCUUCCUAUUCAUCGCUCAAGGGUUGGGCCGGCGAUGCAUUCAUGAGGGGGGAUCAGCCCCUGUCCCUCAUGGCGCCCCCUUAUGUUUUCCCGCCGUCCGCAGGAGCGGGCCUUAUUAUGAAGGACGCGUUCGAGGCCGCGACAUGCGUCGAUUGGCGUGGCUUUGUUGGGGCUUCGAUGGUCCAAGAUUUUGCGAUGUACUCGCCGAACAACACGCGCGAUCUCGAAGGUGGGCAAUAUCAUCCUGAAGCGCUACAGAAUAUUGGCUGUCACCCGAGCAACAGCCCAUACGUGUUCUGA